GAAGUGCACACUCUGGGGCCCCUAGGGCAAAAAACAUUUUUAGGUGAACCACGCGCAUGCGCGCUGCGUUAACCUACAUAAAACGAUCCGAGGCGCUCGUCCUGCUCCGAUUGUGCAAACAUCAUCGACUGAUUGGCGGUAGAAGCGAUCAGACCCUCGCCAUGGCUUCCAGCGGAUUUGUGCAGGCGGCGGCGCUGCUCCUGGCGGCGCAGCUCCUCUGGGUCGGCGCAGCGGACCAGGAGCCGGGGACUGUCAUCCCUGCAGAAAGUCGCCCGUGUGUGGACUGUCAUGCGUUUGAGUUCAUGCAGAGGGCGCUGCAGGAUCUAAAGAAGACGGCGUUCAACCUCGAUGCCAGGACGGAGACGCUGGUGCUGCGGGCGGAGAGGAGGGCCCUGUGCGACUGUAUGCCCACCAACUCGCUGCGCUGAGCUCCGCACCCCCCACCACCGACACGAGUGCAGCCGGGGAACAACGUCCGCCACAACCCCCCCACCCCCCUUUCUCAUGUGCAGCCACUCCCAUCUUAACUUAUUCACGCACUUUAUUUUUUCUUUGGCGUCACAUCGCCGUUGAGUGAAGCUUUGAUUUUCAUGUCGUGAAGGCAUGUUAUUAUUUUUUUGCCUUAUUCUGAUCACUUUUUUUUAAUGAUGUUUUCACAUUGUGAAACACACGCCUGUCAAGUUAGUUUGUUCUCAUCGUCAUAGGAUUUGGUUUCCGCUCUCAUCCGUCGCCUAUGAAACAAACUAUUUUUGUAGAUGAAGUAGGAAAGCAUUAGUAAAUUUACUCGUUGAAUGUGAUGUGUGAGAUUAAUGUUCACGAUGAUCACACACAUCAAACUGUAGCAUCACAUGGAAGUUAUUUAGCUGCUCGUUUCAAAGUAUAAUUAAGCAAAAUCAACUCUAAUUUCAUAGAUUAAAUUGUUUUACAGCCUGGCUUCUUUUUGCAAAUAAGAAAGGGGUCAGGUAACUUAUUUAAAAAAGUUAUUUUUAUUUCUAAUAACUAUUUUUUUUUGGUAAAGAAAUGUGAAUUUUUGCAAACAAUAUUUUCUGAAACAUCUUUCUUUUUUUACGGCAGAAAAAGCGCCCUUGUAGGUUUUGAUUUAGCGCAGCACUGUAGCAUGAAUUUACAGCACUAUUUCCGUUGACCUACUGUUAAUAUAGAUUGUCUACGUAUAAGGUUAUAUGUAUAUGUACGUGGGUAACACGUAACCCGAGGCGUCCCCAGACUUUGUCUCCUCGGUCUGUCGGACGGACGCAUGGCGACGAGCUGUAUCGCAUCAGAUGAACCGCGACGUCGGCAGAAGGUAACGACGGAUAGAGGAGUGCUGUAGCUGCGGCAGGGGGACAUACAGUAGAGAUAGAAAUAAUAAUUGUCUUAUUGUUGCUUGUUCAUGGAACAUUGUACUCUGUUGACACCAUUGACAUCUAUUGUCUUAUUGUUGUCCCGAAAAUAUAAAAAAACAAUGAAUGA